GAUCUGAGGAGCCAUUCCGCGGGACGGACAGCGCAAAUCCGAUUGCAGCAUGCCGGACCUCGAUCCAAACGACUCGCUGGCCUUGCAGUACAUGAUCUUGGGCGUGGCAAGCACCAUGAACAUUAUCACGAUCCUGUAUUCGAGCUUCAAAUGUGCCUAUUUGACCCAAAGCAACUGGGCAACAAUAGCACCGAUCUUUGCAGUCUGCUUGAUAUCACCAAGUAUCAUCGCGUCCGCGUUCACGCUAUCAGCUCCGCAGACCCAAAUCGUCAACGGCAAUACUGAUGACAGCGUGAACACGUAUUUUCUGACAAUCAGCAGGAUCAACAAUGUCUUUUUGCUGCUGUUCGGAAUCUGUGUCGUUGGGGCCGAGCAUCAUGCCAUCCAAAGCCUGCACCCAACACUCGGAUACCCCAAAUACUAUGACUACAUCGGCUAUGCCGCUGCAGCUGUUAUGCACAUCUUCUUCUUGGCCUUCACCCAAGUCGAUUUUCUACGAACAUGGAAAACUGUGGCCCAGUUUAUCUAUGCCAUGGUGAUCUACGUCUCAUGGACUGCCUGUAUCCAUCUCGUUAUCCGAAAACUCUUUGGCGGUACCAAAUCAGCCGACCAGCCGGCGCAGGGGACUUUGGCGACCGCCCGCAAGCGCGAACUCGGUCCGAGAACCAGCAUCACCGUUGCCAACCGGAUCUACAGGAUACAAGUGGCGAUAUGCGCCCUUGGGGUGGUCGCUCUCGCCCUCGCUGCCUACUUCAACUCCAAGCUGCCCAAUAUUGCCAUGGUCUGCCUUCGUUUCGGCACCAUCGUGAUCGUAAGCUACUCCGGCGUAGUAUUGAUCACGAUCCACGAGAUUAUCCCCUUGCAGCUCCAGCACACCAGCGGUAGUUUCAGCGGUAUCCUCUCGGCCAGUCGAGGCCUCUCGGGGCUGGAUCCGUUCGACAGGGCGGCUCCGAUCGAGCAGACCCUGAGGCGAGGGCGGAGGAGUGCCGAAAUCGUUGCAGCUUGCCGGAUCUGUUCUUCCGAUCUGCUCAUCCGAUAAGCUACUGGGGUACUCCUGACGAUGCAUCGGGAGUGUGCCGCGAGUUGAAAGCGCUAGCAAGAUGAAGCAAGUCACCUUGUUUUGAAUGGGGAAUACACGCGCAUCCAUUACAGCCAAAUGC